AACGUCACACCCCCAAAGCCAGCCCCCUUUUGCACAUAGAUAGAUAGUUACCCCCUUAACCCCUCCAAUCAAUUGACAUGAAUCAAUGCCAACAAGCUGUGCCCUCUGAGUGGAACUGUUUCUUUCAUUGUAAAUGGAUGACUUAUGCAAAUUGUUGAGUACCGCAUAUUUGGAACAGUGAUGGCAUUGAUCGAUGGAAAAGGACGGGGCACGCGUAGACCGCCUUCAAGGUGAUAGAGAGAUGAGAAGCAAGUGGCUGUUAUGCUGUCUGAGAGUAUCUUAGUUUGAGCGGUCUAUGUUCAAUGUAGAAAGUAAUAUGCAAUCGGGUGGCGGUCCUAUUAAUGUCAAUUGAUAUUGUAUGGCUGCCAAGCGCAUGGUACACGGUGAAGCUCUCUUGCCCCGCAAAGCCGACAAAGCUUGGACCACAAAAUCGCCAGCCAGCCAGCCAGCCAACCUCGCGACAAGCAAAGCAACCACCGACGCGCCUCACACUCUAUCCCCAACACUGCGCCCACCCACUUCGAACCGUCCGUCGCGAUACAAAAGCUCUGCUUCAAUACUACUGCCAACGAAGUUUGACGGAAGACUAUCGACAAUCCCUUUCACACCCGCACGGGAGGACGACAGCAAGGAUGCCGGACAUCAAGAGGAACGUCAAGCUCAUCACGAGGCAGUCGCCCAUUUCGGAGCCUUCGCCCAUGGAGGGUUUCCCCAUGCGCACAUGGAGCAUCGAGAUCUACAUUCAGGACGCCAAUGGCAACGACGUCCCCGCCACCUGCUUCGAAAAGGCCGUCUACAACCUGCAUCCGUCGUUUGAGAAGAACAAGCAGACCUUCAAGAAGCCUCCGUUCCGCAUAGAAGAGAAGGGCUGGGGUGAGUUCGACAUGAACAUUGUUCUCACUGGCGCUCACCGUGGUGGCGACCACACCAUCAACCACGACCUCAACUUCCAGGCCGAGAAGUACGAGGCCGUCCACGCAGUCACCUUCCGCAACCCGAAGCCUGAUCUCAUCGCCCUCUUGGAGUCCAGCGGUGGUGCCGAGACGAAUGGUGCUAGGGGCGCCAAGGACUCUAGCAAGAAGAAGGGACGACGGGACAAGACCGUGGAUAUGGAGAAGCUUGCCGAGGGUCUGCAGAAGCUGAGCGAGGACGACUUGCUGCACGUGAUAACCAUGGUGCACGACAACAAGACGAGCGAGACGUACGUCAAGAACGAUGUCGAGAAUGGCGAGUUCCAUGUCGACCUCUACACGCUGCCUGACUCCCUCGUGAAGCAGCUGUGGGAGUUCACCUCAGCGAGGGCGGAGAUCUAGUAUUCUUCUCCCACACUGUCUCCUUGGCUCCUAGAGGAUCGCCGGACUGACCGCUCCCCGCAACUCCUCUCUUGACCCGUGCCUCUCCCCCAAUGCGAGAAAGCUUUACUGUUUCUUGAUUCUGCAUACCCCCUCAAAUCCUCGGACUGGGUUUUAUCUGGUGGAACCCGGAGAGUCUUGUUCACUCUCCCACCCUU